AUGGCCGAAUUCAAGCUCUCAGCGCAGCUUCUCGGCCACGAGGCUGACGUUCGCGCCGUCAGCUUUCCCUCGCCCGAUUUCGCCCUCUCGGCCUCCAGAGACUGCACCGUCAGGAUAUGGCGGCGCACACAAACAAGCCCGCCAGCCUUUGAGGGAACGCUCAUCAGCCGCGGCUCCGAAUACGUCAACACGGUAGCCUUCUUCCCUCCGAACCAAGAACACCCCAACGGCCUCGUGGUGUCGGGAGGCAAGGAUACUAUUAUCGAGGUCAAAUCGCCCAACUCGUUGGCAACAGACAACGCCGAGCGCCUUCUCAUUGGCCAUGCGCACAAUGUCUGUACGCUGGAUGUCUCCCCCAAGGGAACAUACCUCGUGUCGGGCGGCUGGGACGGCCAGGCUCGCGUGUGGAAUCUGAGCAAGUGGGAGACUGAGCUGAUGCUCGGUGGCCAUGAGGGCAUGGCUGUCUGGAGCGUUGUUGCUCUUGACGAGACAACGGUGGUGACGGGCUGCGCAGACAAGAGCAUCCGCGUGUUCGAUCUGACGCAGGGCAAAGGCGGCGAGGUCAUGCCCGCAGCCACCAUCUACACUCCUGAUGUUGUUCGGGCGCUGUGCAAGGUUCCCAAGGGCCACCCCAGCGGCGCGGAUAUUGCCAGUGCGAGCAACGACGGGACCCUGCGGCUGUGGAAGCUCAACGGCCAGCAGGUGAGCGAGCUCCAUGGCCACGAGAGCUUUGUGUAUAGCUUGGCCAGUUUGCCAUCUGGCGAGCUUGUCAGCUCCGGCGAGGAUCGAACCGUCAGAAUAUGGAAGGGGUCCGAGUGCAUCCAGACCAUCACGCACCCGGCCAUAUCGGUGUGGACGGUUGCUGUCAACGCUGAGACGGGAGAUAUCAUUACUGGCGCCAGUGACGGCAUAGCGCGAAUUUUCACCAGGCGAUCGGAAGCAAUGGCAGAUGAUGCAACUCUCAAAGAGUUCCAAGACUCCGUCAAGGCCUCGGCCAUCCCUCAGCAGCAGCUUGGGGGCAUCAACAAGGAAAAACUGCCAGGCCCAGAGUUUCUGACUUCCAAGGCAGGCACCAAGGAGGGCCAGGUCCAGAUGAUCAAGGAGAGCAACGGCAACGUCACGGCUCAUACGUGGUCCAUGGCACAGCAGCAAUGGAUCAACGUUGGUACCGUGGUGGAUGCUGUUGGCAGCACUGGCAAGAAGGUCGAAUACAACGGACAAUCGUACGAUUACGUGUUCGACGUCGACAUUGAGGACGGAAAACCACCGCUGAAGCUACCCUACAAUCUCUCUGAGAACCCUUACGAGCGAGCGACCAAGUUCCUUAACGACAAUGAGCUGCCGCUGUCCUAUCUGGACAAUGUGGCCAACUUUAUCACUGAAAACACCAAGGGAGCUACUCUUGGAAAAUCUGGCCCUUCUUCUGGACCUGAUCCAUAUGGCACUGAGUCACGAUACCGGCCCGGCGAGGACUCUCAGUCACGUCCAGCAAAGGUAUUGCCGCAGAAGGAAUAUAUCAGCAUCUCUGCGGCAAAACUCGAUGCCAUCUUAAACAAGGUCUCAAACGUUAAUAAGACUAUGAUUUCUUCUGGUCGAAAAGAUGUGGCCCUGAAUCCAGGAGAAGAGAGCACACUGCUAUCAGUCAAGGCAGCGCUGGACUCUUCAAAGGCCAUCGCAGUCCCUGAGCUCAAUGUGAUCCUGAAGAUUGUCACCGAGUGGCCUUAUUCUGAUCGACUGGCUGGUCUUGACCUGCUGCGCUGCGUGGCCAGAUUCCCCAUAGCAGCGCAGUUUAAGGGCCCCUUGGGCGAAACCCUUGUGGACAUAGCCACUGCCUCGUCGAUUCCCGAUGAUGUUCCACCUAACGAACACGCGGCCAUGAUGGGUGCUCGGACAUUGGCGAAUCUCUUUGGAUCAGCCGACGGUCGAAGCCUCAUGAGCUCACAGGCGGACAAGGCUAUUUCGUUCUUGGAACGUAUCACGGGCAUCAAAGGAGGCGAGCCCAUUGGCAAACUCAACCGCAAUGUCCUCGUAGCGGUGACAACGGUGGCGAUCAACUAUUCCGUCCUUGUUAACAAGGAGAAGCUGUUGUCUCCGGAGCAACGGCGACGCCUGGUUGCUGUGCUUGGGGUUGUUCUCAAGGAUCAGACGGACUCGGAGACGCUGUAUCGAGCUCUCGUUGCGCUCGGCACCAUCUUGUCGACAUCCAAGGACGAAGCAAAGAGCCUUGGCGUGGCGGCAUGGGUUCAAGGAGCGGCGAACAAGAGCUCCGAAGAGAGGAUCAAGGGCGUGGCGACUGAAUGUCUGAAUCUGAUCCCUCGGUAA